AGCCCUGCAAAGCCUCCAAGUUAGAUAUUUUAAUGAGUUGCAACAUACAAAGAUGCCAUCCCUGGAUGACAUUUUAGAGCAGAUUGGAGAAUUUGAUUUCUUUCAGAAACAAACACUCUUUGUCUUAUGCCUGCUUUCUGCCACCUUCGUUCCCAUUUACGUGGGGAUUUUUUUCCUGGGAUUCACCCCUGAGCACCAUUGCCUCAGCCCCGGGGUGGCUGAGCUGAGCCAGCGGUGCGGCUGGAGCCCGGAGGAGCGGCUGAAUCACACGGUUCCUGAGUGGGGUGGCCAUGGGGCCAGUUUCGGCAGCCGCUGCAGGAGGUACGAGGUGGACUGGAACGCCACGGGCAUCAGCUGCACCGACCCCCUCGGCAGCCUGGUGGGCAACCAGAGUGCCGUCCCCCUCGGUCCCUGCCGGGACGGCUGGGUCUACAACUUCCCAGGGACAUCUCUUGUGACGGAGUUUAACUUGGUGUGUGAGGACUCCUGGAAGCUGGACCUCUUCCAGUCCUGUGUGAAUGCUGGGUUUUUUAUUGGCUCCAUGAGCAUUGGCUACAUAGCAGACAGGUUUGGCCGCAAACUCUGCCUCCUGGUCACAGUCUUCAUCAAUGCCGUCUCGGGGGUUCUCAUGGCCUUUGCGCCGAGCUACACCUGGACAGUGAUCUUCCGCCUGAUUCAGGGGCUGGUCAGCAAGGGGGGCUGGCUGACAGGCUACGUCCUCAUUGCAGAAUUCGUUGGCUCAAAAUACCGGAGGUCAGUGGGCAUCAUUUACCAGCUUGCCUUCACCGUGGGACUCCUCGUCCUCACCGCCCUGGCUUACGCACUUACACACUGGAGGUGGCUCCAGCUGGCGGUCACGCUGCCCAAUUUCUUCUUCCUGCUCUACUAUUGGUGUCUGCCCGAGUCUCCCAGGUGGCUAAUAGCUCAAAAGCAAAAUGACAAAGCUAUGGAAGUUAUUAAGCGCAUUGCCAAGGGAAAUAAGAAGAAGCUACCUCUCUCUUUCCAGAAUCUCAACUCUGAAGAUGAAGAGGGAGAAAAGCUGAAACCUUCAUUUCUAGACCUGGUCAGGACACCUCAGAUCAGAAAACACACGUUCAUUUUGAUGUACAGUUGGUUCACAAGCUCCGUCCUCUACCAGGGGCUCAUCAUGCACAUGGGAAUAGCUGCUGGGAACAUGUAUCUGGAUUUCCUCUAUUCUGCUCUCUUCGAGUUCCCAGCUGCCUUCAUCCUCAUGCUAACACUGGACCGCAUUGGCCGUCGCUACCCCUGGGCUGUGGCAAAUGUGCUGACAGGUGGUGCUUGCCUCGUCACGGCGUUAGUUCCAGACACUCUUUAUUGGCUUAAAAUGACUGCAGCUUGCUUGGGCAGGAUGGGAAUUACCAUGUGCUACGAAAUUAUUUGUGUGGUAAAUCCUGAGCUGUAUCCAACAUUUCUCAGGAACCUGGGAGUCCUCGUCUGCUCGUCCAUGUGCGACCUCGGUGGGAUCAUAACACCCUUCCUUGUGUACAGACUAGCCGAGCUCUGGCAUGAGCUGCCCCUGGUCGUCUUUGCUGUGAUUAUUUUAAUUGAUGGUGGCUUGGUUUUGCUCCUACCUGAGAUGAAGGGAAAGACUCUGCCUGAGACCAUUGAAGAUGCUGAAAAUCUGCACAGGCAACAGAGAAGCAAAGAAAAAAUGAUUUAUCUCCACGUUCUGGCUUCUGAAGCUGCCCCUAAGUAAGAAUUAUACAAUCGUUUAGAUUAGAAAAGACCUUUAAGAUCAUCGACUCGAAUGGUUAACCUAGCACUACCAUGUCCCUAACUGCCACAUCUACACGUCUUUUAAAUACCUUCAGGGAUGGUGACUCAACCACUUCCCUGGGCAGCCUGUUCCAAUGCUUAAUAACUCUUUCAAUGUAAAAAUUUUUCCACUCUAAACCUCCACUGGUGCAACGUGAGGCCCUUUCCUCUUGUCCUAUCGCCUGUUACUUGGGAGAAGAGACCGACCCCCACCUCUCACCACCCUCCUUUCAGGUAGUUGUAGAGAGUGAUAAGGUCUCCCCUCAGCCUCCUUUUCUCCAGGCUGAACCCCAGCUCCCUCAGCCGCUCCUAGUAAGACUUGUGCUCUAGACCCUUCACCAGCUUUGUUACCCUUCUUCGGACAUGCUCCAGCACCUCAAGGAUCCGUUUUACCCCAGAUCUACCUUUGUUGGGGCAGGGAGGCAGAAGGGGGCCAGCAGAGCAGCCGUAGCAAGCCCAGCUCGGGGGUGGACAUGCAGGGGACAAGCCAGGCCAACAUGUUGACCUUUUCCCCACUGCAUUCUCCCAGCUGCCAGCAGUCUGUGGCUUGGGGACUUCCCAAGCUAGACAUCAUCUGCCUGCAUUUCUGCUUCACUCCCUUGUGGACUACCCUUCCACAAAUUUUUCUAUUUGCCUACUGAACACAUUCAUGCUUCCGGCAUCCCAGGGUAUCUGGCAGCAGGAACUCGUACCGCAUGAGUGAGAAGUUCGUGAAGGAACACUUUAUUCUGCUUGUUAUAAAACUAAAAAUCUUUUUGGGCUGCUCAUUCACAGCUCAUUUCUGUAGUGAGCAGGAGUGCACUCGUGAGCCCAACUCACCUCCUCCAGGUUACACCUGAUUCUGCAUGAAAGCAGGCGUGUAGACAGUACCUGAUUUACCGUCACUAUUUCCCUUACACCCCUUAAAAUCUUGGUACUGUCAGUCGGUCUGUGGCUCCUGAUGCCCAGCAGGUCAGCUUUGUGAGACAGCUCCUGCUGCCCAGCAGUGAGUACUGCCACUGCAGAGCCUGCUUCAAGAGCCCGGGGCAUCCAGCAGCCCCUCUUCCCUCCCAGUUUACUCCUCUUCCAGAGAAAUAAAUACUAAAAUAAGUACUUCUAAACCCAGACUGGCUUUUAAGCUUCGGCAUCCCAGAAUUUGGCCAGAUGUUAGGCAAGCUGGAAAACAAAAAGGAAGGUGAAGAGGAGUUGGAGGCAGCGCAGCCUCAUGACAUGGGGGGCUGCGUGCAACUACAUCAUUAUUAAGGAUCGGUGACAGGGUGGGGGCAGAAAGACACAUCACGGACACCCACCAGGAGUGGCGUCAACAAUAACAGGACACAGUGCCCUGUGCAAUAAAGCAAAUUCAUGUUUGUGUUUAUGCAUGGUUGUCUUCCCAAUGCCAUGAGUUUGGGUUUUUACAUGGCCAAACUCCAAAACAGCUAUAGGAGACAAAGACUGAGGCAGGGAAGCCAAAAAAAGGAUAUGGCUUUCUAAGUAGACCUCCAUCAAUAACAUGCAGGAAAAUCGUGGCUCUAGUGCUUUUGGAGGUUUAAGGGUCCUCUCCACAGCCCUUGAGAAGCAUUUAAAAGGUGAUUCACACCUUAUUUCUCAACUCGUGUAUAUUCUCUGGAUUUGGGUUUGUUUCCUGACCAGUCCCAGUUCUGGGAAAAGGCCCAAAUUCUUCAUAUUUUAAAACACUUACAGAAUGUAGGAGGACACAGUGCCAUACAGUAGGGAUGGGGUUGGAGCAAGUUGCAAAUAAGAUCUAGCACAUGCAUUGUUUUGAUCACACAAUAAACAGGGGAGAUGGAAAACACACAAGCUUUAUACUGGCUGUAGGAUAUGAUUUUCUGCCAAUUCAUGAACACAUGGACACAAGAACACCUUGACAAAACCAUGUUAAGACUGCAGCUUGCAGACAAUAAGCCUUAAUGAGUCUCUGAUACUCCGCAGAGCC